AUGGGUCGACCACGUCGGACCUCCAGUAAUCUUGGAGGUGACCCUCGAGGCGACACAGGCGCACCUGCCAUGUCAACUCUGGCCCCACGGUCGUUUUCGGACCAUGCGAAUGAGAAACAUCUUAAACCGCACUCGAAAAGGAGAAAAGCCCGAUCGAUACUGCGCCGGUAUAAACAGAUCUCCUUUCGACAUACCUGGCUGAAUCCUCUCAUCCUCGUCCUCAUCGUGCUCGCUAGCUACUAUGCCAACCCGGGACCGCAGAAUCCGCUGCAUCAUGCCAUCUUCCUCUCCUAUCCGCUGGGACCCGACUACCCCGGGGGCCCAAACAUGUAUGGAAAAGGAAAACUCGACUUUGCGUUUGUGGGCUUCUACACGAUAGUGCUCAGUUUCACAAGAGAGUUCUUCAUGCAGCGAGUCAUUCUGCCGUGGGCCGUCCGGGCCGGGAUCAAGAGUCGCGCGAAACAGUCCAGGUUCAUGGAGCAGGUGUACACAGCCAUGUAUUUCAGCAUCUUCGGGCCUUUCGGUCUAUAUGUCAUGUCACAAGGAUCGCUGUGGUAUUUCAACACGACCGCGAUGUUUGAAGGCUUUCCUCAUCGAAAGCACGAGGCUGUCUUCAAGGCGUACUACCUGCUCCAGGCAAGCUACUGGAGUCAGCAGGCUAUUGUCCUUAUGCUACUGUUGGAGAAGCCCCGCAAGGACUUCAAGGAGCUUGUGCUGCACCACAUUGUGACGCUCGCCCUGAUCGGACUGAGCUAUCGCUUCCACUUUGCCAAGAUGGGCAUUGCUGUGUACAUUACCCACGAUAUCAGUGACUUCUUCCUAGCAACUUCCAAAACGCUCAACUACCUGGAUUCGGCCAUUGUCGGUCCUUACUUCGUUUUGUUCAUUGGUGUGUGGGUGUAUCUACGACACUGGCUCAAUUGGAAGAUCCUAUGGGCGACCUUGACCGAAUUCCGCAGCGUGGGACCGUUUGAACUCAACUGGGAGACACAGCAGUAUAAGUGCUGGAUCAGCCAGUACAUCACAUUCGGCCUGCUCGCCUGCUUACAGGCCGUGAACUUAUUUUGGCUCUUCCUUAUCAUUCGGAUCGCCAAGAACUUCGUCUUCAACACUGAUUUGGCAGAUGAGCGAAGUGACGACGAAGACGACGAAGAGGAGGAGCAGCACAUCGAACAAACAGGACCGGAUCAGAAAGUUCCUCGCCGACGCACCAUCGACACCAAACUGGGCCCUGCGUUGCUCAUUAACGGGAAACCAGAUGAGACCGAGUCCGAACAAGAGGUUGUCAGAGAACGCAGAAAGAAGAGAUGA